AUGUCUACCUCCAGCGUCCAUUCGACUGUGGGCUCUAUUCUCGUGGGCAGCCUGGUUUCCAUUUUCCUCUCAGGAGUGGUGUCCAUGCAGGUGGUCACUUACCAAACAUAUUAUUCGGAUGAUCCAGCGAAGAUCAAGGCCGCAGUCGUCGUGAUUUGGUUCCUGGAUGUGCUCCAUACAAUUUUUAUCUGUAUCGCCAACUGGGACUAUUUGAUUACAGGUUGGGGUGAACGGUCCACGUUGCUACACAUUCCAUGGCCAAUUGCAGCCACAGUAGCUGUCACGGCUCUAAUGACUUUUUUUGUGCAAUGUUUCUUCUCGUACCGAGUUUUCAAGGUCAGCCGGCACAACGGCUAUAUUGCUAUACCAAUGGCUCUUCUUGCUCUCAUGCGUCUUGUCGCUGCUCUAGUGUCCACCGCCGAAAUGAUCAUGCUGAAGGAUUUUGAUUUAUUUCGCCAGCGUUAUGGCUGGGUUUUUACAUUCGGCCUCUCACUUUCCGCUGCGGUCGAUAUUCUUGUCACGUUCUCGUUGUGCUACUACCUGAGGCAGGGACGGACAGGGUUCAAAUCCAUGGACACCAUCGUGAACACCCUGACGUUCUACGCCAUACAAAAUGGGAUGCUUACCGGCGUGACUGCCGUCGUCUCCUUGGCAUGCUGGGUUUCAAUGUCAAACUUAAUAUUCCUUGGAUCCCACCUGGCCAUCGCUAAACUUUACGCGGCCUCUUUCAUGGCUACCCUGAAUGCAAGACGGUCUCUACGAACGCAGCAAUUGUCCGUGGAUAGGUUCCCCACGAUGAUGGUGAACGAAUUCAGCAGCAACUCAAACAACACUCGCAGGAAUCAGCACCAGACAAGUGAAGACAUCCCAAUGAGCGGAAAGGUAAACUCAAAAGGAGAUGUGGUCGUUCAAGUACAGAUCGACGUGGAGCAGGAGUUUCACGAUGAGACUGGGAAGUUCUCAAUUUGA